GUUCUAGGUGUUGAUACUGUGUUUGUCUUCUACACCACCUUCAGUAAAAAUGCCGAGGUAGAUUUCUUUGAACCCCGUGGAUACUCUUUGUACUCCAUCAUACUGUUCUGCGUCUUCCUGUGGAUUCCCUUUGUCUAUUUCUAUUACGAGGAGAAGGAAGAAGAUGAUGGCAACACAUGCUCACAGGUUAAAACUGCACUCAAAUAUACUCUGGGAUUCAUCACAAUUUGUGCAGUUCUUCUCUUAAUUGGUGCUUUUGUUCCUUUGGAUAUUCCCAACAAGAAGAAUUCCACAGAGUGGGAGAAAGUGAAACUCCUAUUUGAAGAAUUUGGAAGUAGUCAUGGCUUGGCUGCUCUUUCAUUUUCUAUUAGUUCCUUGACUGUGAUUGGAAUGUUGGCAGCUAUCACUUACACAGCUUAUGGUAUGUCAGCUUUGCCUCUAAACUUGAUUAAGGGAACUACCAGUGCAGCUUAUGAACGUUUAGAGAACACUGAAGAUAUUGAGGAAGUGGAACAACAUUUAUUAAGGAUUAAGUCAAAGUGCAGAGAUGGUCGGCCUCUAUCAUCAAGGGAUAGACGGACUGUGCAACAACUAGAAGAGAGACUAAGGACACUUCGGAGGAGAGAGAGGCAUCUGGAGUCUAUUGAGAAAAGCUGGUGGACGAAGUUCUGUGAAGCUAUCAGGCCUCUAAAGAUUGUGUGGGGCGUAUUCUUCAUCAUCGUGGCACUGCUCUUCACUGUGUCUCUGUUCUUGUCAAAUUUGGACAAAGCUCUGCAUUCGGCUGGCUUCGACUCAGGGUUUAUAAUUUUAGGAACUAAUCUGACCAACCCGUUGAAUAUGCUGUUACCUGUUCUUCAAACAGUUUUUCCACUUGAUUAUAUUCUUAUUACAACUAUUGUUAUGUACUUUAUCUUCACUUCAAUGGCAGGGAUUCGAAAUAUGGGUAUAUGGUUCUUCUGGAUAAGGCUUUAUAAAAUCAGACGAGGGAAGACUCGACCUCAAGCACUCUUGUUUCUCUGUAUGAUACUUCUGUUGAUAGUUCUUCAUACAAGCUACAUGAUCUACAGUCUUGCCCCUCAGUAUGUAAUGUAUGGAAGCCAAAAGUACCUGGUACAGGCUAAUAUGACAAUUGAUGGCCAUCCAAGGAAUGUGACAUUUGUAUCUAAAGACUGUGAUGCAGAUGCACCUGAGGAUCAGUGUAUUGUUACUCGGACAUACCUCUUUCUUCAUAAAUUCUGGUUCUUCAGUGCUGCCUAUUACUUUGGAAACUGGGCAUUCAUUGCAGUCUUUUUAAUUGGAUUAAUUGUUUCAUGCUGCAAAGGCAAGAAAUCAGUCAUUGAAGGUGAAGUGGAUGAAGAUGACUCUGACAUGAGUGAUGAUGAACUGUCUGUUUAUUACCGUUGAUUGCCCUUUGCCUUCAAGAUGGAAAAAUGUAAUUUAAAGUUAUGUUUAAAGUCAUACCCAUGUGGAAUUGAUAUCCAAAUAAGCAUCCUUGCACCUGUAAAAAUAGAGGAAAUAAGUGUACUCACUUAAAGGGGUAAAAAACUGAAUAUCACUUCUUGAGUAUCACUGUUACAUCAGAACAAAUAUUGAAGCUGGUAUUGAAUAAUACAUAGAAAAUAUUUUAUGGUUAAACUUAUAUGUGACUUUCCGAUGUAUAAUUUGGUGAACUGUUGUAACUAUUUCAUAAUUCUUGAUGAUUUUCUGUUAACUUAGGUUUUUUUAAAAUACUUUCAUGCC